AACACUUAUUGAUUUAAUUAUUAAAAUUUCCAAUAAAAGCCCGAAGUUAAUGAUAUAUUAAUUAACAAAUUAAACCUUUGAAAUAACUCAGUGAAAGAGAGUGAUUUUGAAAAUGUGUCAGGUAAAUAAUAAAAUUUUUCUAGUUGUCAAUAUUAUUGUGAGAAUUACUGCAUUACCUUUAAAUACUGAUCGAGGGCAACUGAUUAAAUUAUCUGUUGGUGAUGUCGUUAACAUAAAAAAAUCAAAUUUAAUUACUACAGAAAUUUUUGACAAUAUAUUCAAUGGCUACGAUGGCUCAAAGUAUAUCGAGAAAAAAAAUUACAUUGAUGAUUAUGAUGAUAGUUUAUAUACAAUAUCGCGGCAAUCGUGCGUGCCUUUUGAGGCUUUGACGCCAUAUCCACCAGAACUCUUUUUUAAUGAAGAAAAUCGCAGUUACAAGUCAGAUGAGAUAAAUAAUAUAAAUAUUUUGCGAGGUAGAACUUUUGGGAUUCCAAUAUAUUACAUGAAGAUAAAAGAAAAUAAAUAUGGAAUGGUUAAGUUGUGCAAAAUAAUAGAAAGACAAAAAUUGAAUAUUGACUUGCUCGACAAAAAGGACUUCAAAAGUAUCAAAAAAAAUACAAAUUAUAACAUUUUGGAAAACAAAACGGCUGUUUUUCGACUCAAACGGGGCAAUGAAACGCAUUAUGUAUCGUCUCUUACCACUGGAAAUUGUCUAUUUCAGAUUCAUAUAAAUACGCCAGAUUAUUGUGCAGAUAACAAUGCGAGAAAUUCAAUAAAUAUAAACGGUUUUUUUGAGCAUUCAUUUUACAAAACUCAUAUCAUAAGUGCCAGUAAUGAUGUUGAAUUAGAACAGUGGAUAAAUAAUUAUUAUUUUUCGCAAAAUAAUGUCUACUCUUUGGAUACUUUUAUGAGGCUAAACUUGGGCGAAAGAAUAAAUAUAACAAAUGAAAUGGAAAAUGAUAUUAUUAUUGAUAUCGAAUUGAGUUCACUGCCCGAAUUGCCACAAUUCGAUGGCAAUGCUAUUAAAAAGCAACUACAACAUUCGAUUGAGAUGAAAAAAAUGAUGGAUAUUAACCCAGGUGAUAUUUUGAAUGCUGAUGACUUAUUUAGUUGUAGGUCAAAUAACAUACCAGUUGACAAUAUAUUCCGUGAAUCAGUCGAUUAUGAAACAGAGCCAUUCGUUUCAAUAACUUACAAUACUUGUCAUGAAUAUAGUGAAAAUUACGGGAUAGAACUAAGUACUAAUAACUAUCAAUCUUAUUCGAGGACUCUGUUCAGUAAUUACGAUAAGCGAAAUAUAUUUAACGACAUAGUGAGACGUAAACAUUAUGGAGUUAACCGUAAAUAUCUGAACGUUAAUUAUUCGUGUUUGAAAAUAACUAUUUGUUCCCGAUUUGAAAGACACAGAUUAGAUAAUUUUUCAACAAAAAUGAUUAAAUUGGAUGAAAGGUCGAAAACAAUUAAAAAAUAUAAUAUUUUUGAAAACAAUGAUAUUGUAUUGUGGAUAACGAAAAAUAAUGAAACGCACUUGGUGGCAUACACUGAAAGAGGGGAAUGUAUAUUUCAGACAUUAGUAUAUUCCAUAUCUGAACUUUCCAAAGCACCUGAAGAUGCAGCUCUGUUAAAUUUCAUGAAUCCUCCUGUUCAUAAGGGCACAAUAAUAACAGCAAGUGAUAAUAAUGAUUUUAAAAUUUGGAUAAACGAUUUGCUCGAUGAUGAUCCAAGAGGACUUUUAAGCGUAAACGAAAAUGAAGACGUUAAAAAUUUAAUAUUAGACCAACUCGAAAAUCAAAUAUCUGAAAACACUACUUUAAUAAAUCUUUAUUUAGAUGAAAUAUAUUAAUAGUACAUUGCGUAACGAGUGAGCUAAGUGAGUCUUGAUACGGGAAGCACAAUGUUUUUACCAGUGACGAGUGCUAAGAACAUUCUGUUCGACGGAUAAUGACUUAGCCCACGUGCUAUGCACUAUACUUUAUUCAACAAAUGUCUGAUUUUUGCGAAUUAUUAUGUUAGUAAAGUAAACCCUAAAUCAGUUGAGGUUUAAUAUGAUUCUAUAUUUCUUGACUGCUCUCACCACUGAGUUUUUAUUUAUUUUAUAUUUUAUUUUGAUUAAUAAAAAAUAAUCAACGUAUUUAUUUAUAGACACCGAUAUGGAAGUAAUUAGAUUGACUGUAAUACUCAUUCAAAAUAUAUUGGGUAUCGAGGUUUUUUGCGCUUGUAAUAAUAGUAGAGUUUGUUUUUGAGAACAGUCGAUAAUGACUUUAGCGAAAUGUGUAAUCGGUAAACGGCCAUUAGGGUUUUACUAAAAAAUAAAAUAUAACGUGUAAAAUAUAUCUAU